GCGGGGAGAGCAUGGCCACCCUGCGCCGGCUGCGGGAGGCGCCCCGGCACCUGCUGGUCUGCGAGAAGUCCAGCUUCGCCCACGACAAGUCGCGCCACCGGCAGCUCGUGGACACGCACCACCACAACUAUAGGGUGUCCCUUCUGGUGCCCGAGUGCGGGGCGCUGCCGGGGGCGCUCCGCGGCCUGGUCGCGCGGCUCGGGCCCUACUACUCGGUGGAGGACCUGCCCCUGCACGAGCUCGUCGCCCCGGGGUUCAUCAGCGCCUUCGUCCAGGAAGGCACCUGCUGCGCGCUCAGCCUCAACACCCGCGUGGACGAGGACAGCACGGUCGCCCUGCUGCCCAGCGGGAAGCUGGUUUUGUCGCUGGAUAAAGACACCUACGAGGAGUGCGGGCUGCAGGGCCGCCCGUCUCAGCAUUCAGGCCGCAGCACCCCGAAGUACGUUGUUUCCAUUGACUUGAUGGAGCUGGCCCUCCACCCGGACUCGAAGACGUCCCAGAGGGUGGCCUGGUCCUUCAAGGAGAAGAAGCCUCUGAAGUUUGAUUUUCUCUUGGCCUGGCACCAGACGGGUGCCGAGGGGUCCGCGCUGCUGUCGCACUUUUCCAGCUACCGGAUCCGGGAGCACCAGCCCAGAGUGGCCUUGAGCACCGUGAGGGACCUGCCAUGCCCCGUGCUGCGGAGCGGGGCCCUGGGGGGGCAGCCCGGGGUGUCCUGCAGCGCCCCCGAGCUCCUGCAGUGGCUGGGGGCCGUCUUCUGCGGCGCGGGCCUAGACCAUGAGCCCAGCGACUUCGUCUCCAGCUACUGCUGUCCCCAGCCCAGCUCGGUGGCCGCCCAGGCCUGCCUCUGCACUGUCACUGGCUUCUUGCUGCCGACCAAGAUCCGCCUCCUGCUGGAUCAGCUCUGCCGCUACUUCGACGAGCCCAAGCUGGCCCCGUGGGUCACGCUGUCUGUGCAGGGCUUCGCGGACAGCCCGGUGUCCUGGCGGGAGCUCGAGCACGGCUUUGGGAGUGGUGGAGACCAUCUGUACAACUUCGUCAUUUUCAGCAACCAGGACUACUGGCUGCAGAUGGCCGUGGGGGCCCACGACGCAUGUCCGCCAUAAAGCAGGUUCCAAGUCACCCUCGUGUCUGCGGUGCUUGCGGCUCAGCAGCGUGAGGGGCUCAUCUGGGCAACCCUGACACUGCUGGGCCUGCGGCUGGGAUCGCGCCCAGGGGCUUCUGCUGCAUCGCAGCAAGGGCUAAAGACUGUUCCUCUGCCCAGAGGUAAUAAUGGGAUCUGCAUCCAGCACUGAUGCGGGGUCACGUAUGCUUAGUUAUUUGAACAACUCUGGGGCCGGCUCUAUACUAGAAAACCUAGAGAAACCACUAGAAUUAAAAAUUACAGCUGUUGGGCCUCCCCGGUGGCGCAGCGGUUGGGCGCUGGGUUGCGAAGCUGCGCGCGGCCUCUGCGGCGCCGGUUCGAUCCCCGGCUGCUCCCCGGCCACCGGAGGGUCCCACAUGGCGCGCAGACCUCUCCUGCCGCCCGCUGCUCCCCUCAGCAGUGUGCUUCGGUCCUUCUGCCUGCUCUGCUCCCCGCUCUGGCUCUGGUGAAUUCUCUCGCCCUCCCGCGCUUCUGACUGUGCCCAGUGCAUGUGUGAACAAAAACAGACAGGCAAACCAGCAAACAAAUAAAUAAAGCAUGCCUCUAUAAAAAAAAAAAAAAAAAAAAAAUUACAGCUGUUAAGGGUCUUCCCAGUGGCGUAGCGGUUGAGCGCUGGGCUGCAAAGCUGCCCGCAGCCUCUGCAGUGCCAGUUGGAUCCCCAGCAGCCGGUGAGGGUCCCUCAUGGCGCUCAGACCUCUCCUGCCACGCCCGCUGCUCCCCUCAGCAGUGUAUUUCGUCAUUCUGCCUGUUCUGUUCCCCGCUCUGGCUCUGGUGAAUUCUUUCACCCUCCCACGCUUCUCACUGUACCUAGUGCUUGUAUAAAGACAUAAAUAAAUCUUUAAAAAAAAAAAAGUUACAGCCGUUAAACUAACAGAAUACAAUUCUAAAAAAUAAUUGAUGAGGGCCUCCCUGGUGGUGCAGGGAGGUGACCCACAGGGCACAGCAGACCUCUCCUGUCCCCUCAGCAGUGGAUUUCAGUGGAUCCACCUGUUGUGCUCCUCACUCUGUCUCUGGGGAGUCCUCUCACCCCCUGCAUCUCUGACCUGUGCCCCAGCUCUUGUAUCAUAAAUAAAAUAAACCUUAAAAAUAAGAAAAGACGGGCAUCUCUAGUGGCGCAAGGGGUUAAGCACAGCACUGUAAAGCUGUCUGUAGCCUCUACAGCAUGAGUUCAACCCCCGGCCAGCCAGCGAGCAACCCACAUGGCACAGCAGACCUCUCCUGCCCCACCUGCUGCUCCCCUCAGCAGUGUAGUUCGUCAGUCUGCCUGUUCUGUUCCCCGCUCUGGCUCUGACGGAGGGCAACCCUGAUAAAAAAAUAAAAUGGGUUGCCUGACUGUGGGUCCUCACCCGUGUGUGCUAAAAAGGGCCUCACGCUGCAGGCACACACAAAAGGUUAACGGGAUUAUUUGCAAGGUAAGCGGGAUGAGGAAAUGUACAACUCAGGGAGAAAAGAGGGAGAUAAAGUCUCAACUGCGUCCUACGGGGUCCCCCGACCUGGAAUCCCAAAUGACCCGCAGAGACCAAGCCCGCCUGGCCAAGAGCAGAGCCAAGUGCGAGACCCACUAACAGGGCUGGUUUUAUUUGCAGACUGAGAAGAUGGCCGCCUAACUCCGCCCUCAGGUCCGCACCCUCCCCUGGGGGACCCUGGGAUUUGUAGUCCCCAGGGUCUGGCUGGAGUGGGGUGGCUGCCCGAAGCCUGCCGGUUUGCUCGGGACAUCCUCUCCCCUAACAUCCUCUCACCACCUGCCCCCCAGCUCUUGAGUGCAUUAAUAAAUAAAUCUUAAAAAAACAAGCAAGGAAGCCUAAGGUAACAUGCACAGCUGCAAACAAAAACAUGGGGCUCCUGGGAGUGCCCGACCAGACCCCACACAC